CGAAGGGUACCCGAUGGCAGCUUCGCGAAAGCCGUAACAAUCAUUUGGAUUCCAGCCUUGUUUCCUCGUCCCCUUUGAGUGCGCGGUUCCAAGUCCAGGUCGGUGCGUUGCAACACAACCGUACGUGAAGUGGCGAAGAAGCGAUCGUUUAUUGCGCCUGGAAGUGUCGGUGCCAGACCCGGAAAAGCAAAGGGCACUUGAUUCGUUCGAAGAAGAUAAACCAGCCCGUGGCCCCGUUACACCCUGUGGCCGUCGUGUCGCGUUUGUGUGUGCGAAGCGCUCUGUGUACGUGUACGGCGUGUGCGUGUGCCUUUUCCGCUCCCGGGCCGCGGUUGCCAAUGUAUUGACGGACCGUGAUCGAUUGCCGUGCCCUCUUCGAAGUACGUGAAGCCGUUCGUGACUCCUCUCUUCUGUGCCUAGCUUCUUGUUAUUAUUUCGUGUGUGAAGUGCGAUCCAAUCCGGCUCAAGCGGCGGCAAAACGGGAAGCCUUUGCCCCAAAUCCACCCGGACGUGCAAUAGUGAAUGCCGAAUGCUACUCGUGUAGCUCCACUCCCAUAUCGGCCAUCGUUACACAGUUACACAGUGAACACCGCUGGCUGCUCUAGUGUGCACAGUGUGAACAUCGAAAUCAGAGCAACCGUCGUCGCGCGGUAGCUACCGCUAAGCAACGAAACCCGCAGCAAAAGAUGACACUGAACGAUGAGAAUGAGGCCAGCAAUAAUGUGGUCGCCGCGAAUGGAACGGGAACCGGCUCAGACCGUACCGCUGUGGGAGAGGCCGGGAGCGCCGGUGGACCACAGGGAGCCGGCGGAGCAGCGACUUCUAAUGCGGCGAACACCAUCACCUUAAGCACGAACAGCAAUAACAGCGUUAGUAACAACAUCAAUAACAACAACACUAUAAGCAACGGGCCUAAUAAGCAAGGGCCACAGGCUGCCGUGGUAGGGCCGCUGGGCGGACAGCUACAGCAACAGUUGAACAAUUUGGAAAAGCGGCCCAGCAGCAGCCGGUUCAUCAUACCGAAGUAUAACGAAAUCGAAACGCUGCCACCGCUGAAGGAUGCGGGACCGGGCGAGCGGGAAGAGCUGUUCAUCCAGAAGCUACGGCAGUGCUGCGUCCUGUUCGAUUUCUCCGAGCCGCUGAACGAUCUCAAGUACAAGGAGAUCAAGCGCUGCGCGCUGCAGGAGAUCGUGGAGCACCUCACUAACCAGAGCAACGUGAUCACGGAGGCAAUCUACCCGGAGGCGUUCAACAUGGUCGCGGUAAACCUGUUCCGCACACUGCCCCCCUCCUCGAACCCGAACGGGGCCGAGUUUGAUCCGGAGGAGGACGAGCCGACGCUGGAGGUGUCGUGGCCGCACCUGCAGUUCGUGUACGAGCUGUUUCUUCGGUUUCUCGAGUCGCCCGACUUCCAGCCGAGCGUGGCCAAGCGCUACAUCGACCACAGCUUCAUCCUGAAUCUGCUCGAGCUGUUCGACUCGGAGGACCCGCGGGAACGCGACUUUCUCAAAACGGUUCUGCACCGGGUGUACGGCAAGUUCCUCGGGCUGCGGGCGUUCAUUCGCAAGCAGAUCAACAACAUCUUCUACAAGUUUAUCUACGAGACCGAGCACCACAACGGCAUCGCCGAGCUGCUGGAGAUCCUGGGCAGUAUUAUCAACGGGUUCGCGCUGCCACUGAAGGAGGAACACAAGCAGUUCCUGCUGAAGGUGCUGCUGCCACUGCACAAGGUCAAGAGCCUGUCCGUGUACCAUCCGCAGCUGGCCUACUGCGUGGUGCAGUUCCUCGAGAAGGACGCCAGCCUGACGCAGCCGGUGAUCAAGUGUUUGCUAAAGUUCUGGCCCAAAACGCACAGCCCCAAGGAGGUGAUGUUUCUGAACGAGCUGGAAGAGAUACUGGACGUGAUCGAACCGGCCGAGUUCCAGAAGGUGAUGGAGCCACUGUUCCGCCAGAUCGCCAAGUGCGUCUCGAGUCCCCAUUUCCAGGUGGCCGAACGGGCACUUUACUACUGGAACAACGACUACAUCAUGUCGCUGAUCACGGAAAACUCCAAAAUCAUUCUGCCGAUCAUGUUCCCGGCCCUGUACAGCAACAGCAAAUCGCACUGGAAUAAAACGAUCCACGGGCUGAUCUACAACGCGAUCAAGCUGUUCAUGGAGAUGAACCACCGCCUGUUCGACGAGUGCAAUCGGAAGUAUCAGGCCGAGAUGGAGACUGAGCAAGAGAAGUUGGCGCAGCGCGAAGAGCUCUGGCAGCAGAUGGAAGAUUUGGCGGAACGGAACAGCAAAUUGGUGCUGCACGACGACAACAAUGAGGACUACGCGGCGACGGCUUCCGGUGGACGGUUUGGAGUGCCCGGAAGCCAACAUCGUCAGCUCAAUGGAGGGACCGAUGCCGGCGGUACUGCUGGGCGCAUUGCCGGUGUCUCCACCUCGUCGUCCUCGUCCGGAUCAUCAUCCGCUUCGUCGUCGCUGUACGAUCGUCGAUCAAUGCAGCAUAGCACUUAAUAGGGCACCACCAAUCAGCACAGCAGUACCAGGCAGUAGGUGGUCGAUCGUGUGGGGUGGGUUGGAGCAAAUUGUUGUUGUUACUCUACCAUUAUACCAAUUUUAUCGCAGCACCCGAACAAAGCGAACCCUCGUGGGAGACAGACACGGGGCCAGAGCGGCUGCCCUGUCGCCGGGAAACGAAACACGCAAAUCGUAUCUCGCUGCAUGUCCUGCAGAGGCGCGGGCCGAUCGGAAUCGAUGUAUUUCUACGAAACUUUAAAUUUCCCGGUUUUUUCGAGGGACAGUUUAUGUUUUUCAUUUACAUUUUUUAAAGUAAUAAAUUAAUGAAGUUGUACAAGAAAUCAUUAAUGGUGCACAAACGCGUCACCGAGAAGCGCCGUAUUCGAAGGGACACACCAAAUUUGGGUUCUACACAAUGCUGCCUCUCGCCCGCGGUAUUCGAAUAUGGAUUUUGAUAAAAGAAAAAGAGCAACAGCCACGCUGAAUAAGAUUGUUCUCGUGCCGAAAAGCGGGAGACGAGGACGCACCCGCUCCGGUCGCGGAAAACUAUGUAGACAACAAUCAAACGAACGCAGAGGUGUAGCAGAUGUAGGGAAAUGGGACCUCCUUGCGGGAGCCAGCGAAACCUCCCAUGGCUUCGGCAAGGUGCAAACAAAACCUUUUAUAAAUGUAACUCAGCGUCGUGCAGCUAGCAAUGUUUGAUAUUAUCCUGCUUUCCUUGUUUGAUUCUCCUUUACUUUAUUUAAUCGCAUUAUCGUUAUCAUCUACUUGUUACGUAAGGCUGUACAUUAGAAAGCGCACGCACAAAGUAUCAUUCGUUCUCCCAUUGAGCGCUGUUAGGAUUUCUGCCCCAAUCCAUUCUAUUCACGGGCCCCCGGGGUCCAGUUUUCGGUCGAACUUAGUAUGUGUUCUUGUACUACUUUUUGUCGUCAUUUAUAAAUUCUUAGUCUACCAUUUAUGUGCAUUCUUCGCUUGUUUGCUCGCUCCUGCCUUCGCGGGCCCCCGAAUAUGUAUGUAACGUUUCUUGAUAUUGUUUCCCACACACUCCACUCUACUAGGGCCCUUUAGGUGUUAAGAGCGCGGGUGAAGGCAAAGGAAAUACAAAACGCUGCGCGGCUACACGUACACGGAUUCCAAUAGUUACAUAAGGGUAAUGGAGCGGAAUGGAAGCAAACUAUGGGGCUAACACGAAAGCAACAGCGCGAUAGUAAAACUGUAAAAGUAAGUGUAAGGAUAUAAGCGAAGCGUAACGAUCGAGACAAAACAAUAACAGAGGAACGAGGAAACACAGGAAAAACUACCAAAACCACGGUUCACGUGUCGAUAAAAAUAGAGAGAGAAACAAAAAUCAAAGUUGUGCAAAUGCGCUUCAAACGAGCCACGAUCGCGACUGAUCGAGCUGUAUUCGCAUGGAGCGGGAAAGGAGAGCCAACACUUUGCUUUACAUGUCGUGCGUGGUUCUUGACGUGGUUGAUGUUGAAUUGCAAAACGUGUGGACAAAACCGCGGGCGUCGCGGAAGUGGACAAAUUUUAAGGUAAACGUGAUGCGAGCUAAAAAUCGGAAGCGAAUGAACGCGCAACGCAGUCAACGGGGCGAUAUAACUGUUAGCAUUUUACACUACUAAACCCACAAUAAAGCAACGCAAAGUAAUGUUGAAAA